AUAUUUCUGUUUGGCAUGCUUGGCAAUGCUUUGGUUCUCUUAACCUAUGGCUUCACAAGAAAGAUAAAAUCCAUGACUGAUGUCUAUAUCAUUAACCUAGCAGUAGCUGAUAUCCUUCUGCUUACAACUAUUCCUUUUGUAGCUACAGAUGCUGUCAGUGGGUGGGUGUUUGGCAAUGCAAUGUGCAAGUGUGUCCAGGGCUUGCAUUCUAUUGACUUCUACAGUGGAUUUAUAUUCUUAACUUGCAUUAGUGUGGACCGGUACAUUGAAAUUGUUCAAGCAGUGGAGGCUCACAAAAUGCGCCACAGGACCAUCCACUACAGCAAGUGGGUGUCCAUAAUGGUCUGGAUAGGGUCCAUAUUGCUCACCACCCCUCAGUUUAUUUACAGCAAAUCUGUAUUAAAGGAAGGUUGGUAUAUUUGCAAGAUGAUAUUCCCAGAAAAUGUCACCACCACUGUAAAAGGAAUUAGCAAUUUUUCACAGAUCAUCCUUGGUUUUGUUAUCCCCUUCUUUGUCAUGGUAUUCUGCUACUCAGUAAUAGUCAAAACUUUAAUGUCCUCCAGGAGCUUUGAGAAGCACAAGGCCCUUAAAGUCAUAUUCUCCUUAGUGAUAGUCUUUGUGGUCUUUCAGUUCCCAUACAGUCUUGUAACUUUAUUAGAGACCACAGACUUACUUGGAAGUAAGCAGAUGCCCUGCAUGGAGAGCAGACAUAAAAACAUUGCCCUCAUUGUCACGAGCAGUCUUGCAUAUAUUCGAUGUUGUCUGAACCCCAUCCUCUAUGCGUUUGUUGGUGUAAGGUUCAGAAAAGAUGUCCUAACUCUGCUGAAGAAUAUUGGCUGUAUCUCUUGGACCAGACACAUCAAGUACUGUAGUUCAGUAAAACCUCGUCAAAACCCAGCAGCGAUGGAUACAUCUAGCUUCUAUUUGUAG